CAGGAAGUAGGUAGCCUACUCCAGUUUUUGGUCUUCUGCAAUCAUAGUUUGUCAUUGCAUUUAUUAAAGGCCUGAAAUCUUUCAGAGUUGUUUUUCUAAGGUUCUCACUGAAUACAUUUUACUCUUAGUUUAUGUUCACUUUACUAUAUCAGUUCAUGGAAGUCUUCCCAAAUUUCUCUAAAGCCUGUUGUUUCUCGUGAUAUAAUGAGCUCCAUUUUGGAGAUGUGUUUCAGAUGUUGAUGGGACAUGCAUACACAGAUGUUUAGCAGGCAGUUGGUAAUUUGGAACUGAAGUUUAAAAGAGAUAUAAUGAGUAGGUGUGUAGAUUAGGGAGUCAUCUGUCUGUUACCAUGACAACUGAUGAAUUUUUUUAAAAAGAGAGAGAAGAGGGUGCAGGACAUAGCCUUCCAGAGCACCCAUGAUUAGGAGGUAGAAAAUGGAAGAUGAAUCAGAAAGGGAGGAAUGUAGUUACUCUUUCUAGGAAUUUAGUUAAGGGUUUGCAAAGUGUUGUGCAUAUAUUACCUCAUUUGGUCCUUGCAACUGUACUGCAAAGUAGGGUGUGUGUGUGUGUGUGUGUGUGUGUGUGUGUGUGUGUGUGUGUGUGUGUGUGUGUGUGUGUGUGUGUUUUUCACAAAUGCUGAUCCUGGAGCUCCGAGGGGUCCAAAGCCACACAGUGACACAGUAUUCAAAUGCAAGAAUGAAUAUGGUAAUUGCACCCUCUCUCCAUUGAAAUUAGUUUUGUAUUGAUUGCUCUGUUUACUCCUGUACUUGUGUACAAGUUGGAUGCCCUCCCAGUAGAAGGUGGAAAAUUUCUAUGUGUUGGGCCACUAUCCUUGACCAAAGAUGCAUCCAGACUUAUCUCCACACCUACAUACUGAGGAAUGUAACAUUUUAAUUAACUUAUUAAAAGAAUGCCACCAAAAGCACAGUGUCCUGAAAUUUUUUGGUCACUGUAAUGAUCUUGAUCGUGAGAUGCGGAAAUGCCUGAAAAAGGAGUAUGGAGAAAGGAGGGCCAAGAGCAGGGAAUUUGGAGAAGCUAAGCGACGGAAAUUUUCCAGUAUUUCAGAAGAGUCAGAAAACUGAGUUCUGCUUUCACUGGACAUCUUGGCUAAUAAAAGAAUGAACAUCUGGACAUACAGCUAGUAGCUGGAAGAAAGUCACCGUGUUUGAACUCAAUAGUUCUUAAACAAUGAACCCUUUUAUGAGCUGCAGAGAAAUUUGGAAACUGAUAGUAUAAGACUCUAGUAGUUGCAAGACUAAAAGACCGAACUUCCUUGCCAUCAACAAAACAUCAACAUUUGAAUAAUGACUAUUUGUUUAUUGCCCCCAUAAGAAAAUCAUUAUUUUCCUUAUGCCUACUAAGCUAAAGGAGUUAGAAGAGGUGAAGAAAGUAUGUUGCUAUCAGCCCUCUCUUCACAGCGACAUAAAAAUAUUAAUCAAUGUUCCAUUCACAAGACCUCAGCCAUCUUCCACACCUUUGUAAACAGUUUUCAUGAGUUGUGGCUGAAAAAAUACUUUUUUAAAGAAGGUAGUGGAAUAAAUUGAAACAUGGAGAGUCCAGGGAAUAUAGCCCAAAGUAAAAAUAUUUUGUUUUUGUCUUCUCAUCUAUACAUGGAAAGCUGUUUUCUUCAGUGAUUAAAAAUUUGUAAUACAAA